CAGCUACAGGGAUCUGACAGAGCACAGCUGAUAAUGAGCCUCUGCUCUAUUUUAUUCCUGUUUAUAGAUGGCUAAAUAUAACUUUGUGCUUAUAUUUAAUUCUUACUGAAAACUGCAAACCACAAUCCAUCGAGACAGUUUUGGGUUUUUCAUAUUGGCUGGCUUGCAUCAGGUCCAAGAGAGGGAACAUCCAGGCUCAGCACAAGGCCUGUAGCCAGGUUAGGUACUGGCAGUGGGUCCCACACAGGAGGGCUGGUGACCACAGAGCAAAGCAGAGAAAGCAUUGCAGGACUUGUGAGCAGCAGCUUUCUCUGUGCCAGAACACCCCCCAGUCCAUCCAGACUGCUGUCCCUGAGCACUGCAGCUGUGGGCACUGCCAGGACAGCCCACACUUGGUGGCAGGUUUUGCUUGUCACCAGGCAGAGCCAAAGGCAUUUGAUUUGUGCUCCUAUCACAAAGCCAGAAGCGGCUUUCUGGAUUGGACAAGAUCUCCCUCUGCAGCAGGAACAGGAGCCAGCACCAACCUGCAAACCAAGUGUGCAGCACAACAUAACUGCGAGCAAGUGUGCCAGGGGUUGUAUCAGCUGGUUGUACCCCCAGAGAUAAACUUCCACUUCUCUCGUGGCACGGAGGGAUAAUGUUUGGGAAGAUGUUUGAUGGACCACUGAAAAAUGUAUCACUGUGGUAUUCCCUGACAACUGAAUUGAAAGACCAUGAGGUAAUUGCAGCAGUACCUGUUAAACAUCUCAGGUCCAAUCCUCAACUCCUGGCAGCCUAACAAAUAUCCCAGUCAUACAUUUUUGGGGUUCAAGUCAAAAGCUGAUGGGGAAGCAGCCUUGUCUUGCUCACACCUGGGGCAGGGGCAGCUGAAAACCUCUCACUCCAUAGCAAAAGCAGGUCCAAUUUCAGUUCCAAGGUCAUUCCCCUCCAUUCAUGUCUCAGGAAACUUCGACAGAAACACUGGCAUUGCAUGCACACAAAUGCACAUGGUCCUAGAUAAUCACAUUUAUAACAAAACAGAUCCAACUAGACUACUGUGGUAUUUUACUAGGGUUGCAUGAGAGGUUGUUUUAAGUCUCAACAUUGCAUGGAAAACCCAUCAUCCAAAAAAACUUACAAAUAUUCUUAAAUGCUGGACUAAGGGACUAAGGGCUUGACCAGAACAAGGCAGGCAGUAUGCAGUUGUCCUGGGGCUCCUCCCUUCUGCACCUUCUCCUCAGGCUUAAAAAUUCACUCUUGCUGACUCCCAGCUCUACAUAUAAAAAGUUAUUUAUGUGCUCAUUUUUUUAGUCCCUCCCAAUAGCCAGGUCUUGAAAACAACUCAGCAAUUCAGAAUGCUGCCAUGCCAAUACUGGCAUUCACUCAGAUGAGUUUCCCCUCUCACAAGCACACCAGCUUUCCAUGCCCAGUUGCAACAUCACACAAUUUUUUCCUGGUAUGAUUUUGGGAACUCGGGUUUGCCAAGGUUCCACCUAGCUAACUUUGAACUGCCCCAGAGCAGCUGCAGAGGAACACCUCUGCUAGCUGAGGUCCACCUCUGCUUUGGGAAGGAGAAAGAUGCAGGGAGAAAUAAACUUGGUUUUGACCUAAAGCCGAAAAGCUUGAUAGGUGGAAAGCCAUCCUCAGGCUGGAAUUACUCCAGUCAUUUACAAUAGUGCUGGCACAUGCUUAGGUGCCUUAAAAAGGAGCUUUCCCCCAGUGCUGCCCUCCCCCUGAGCAGCUUUGCCCUUCUUUGGUGUGGCAGCAGCCUCCAGCCUCCAGGAAUGGUUCUUGCAGUUAAAAGGAGAAGCCCAAACUUAUUCCACGAUAAUUCAUUUACUAAAACACUGAAAGCCCCAUGUGUGUGCAUUGCUGAGAGCUGCACACACUUUCUCCACCAGCCACUAAAGCCUUUCCCAAUUUGCAGAGAGCAGCAGCCUGGGCUGGACAAGCACAGCCCUGGCUGAGCAGGCUCUCCAGCAAACCACUGCUCUUCCAGUUCCUGUCCAAUUCCCAAAGCCAUCUUUUCCCUGUAAGGCCAUCUUCACAAGCUAUCCCAGAGGAUUAUAUAUCUGUUCCAAAACUUAUGUCCAGGAAAAAAUUAAUGGGAAAACCCAAGUUUUAGGUCAGCAUGCGCAAUAGCAAAUGGGAACUGCAGUGUCUGAGCUGACAGCUCCCCGUGCCCAGGAUAGCGAUGCAAUAGCCAGACUUCACUCUCUAAACAGACUGCAGCAAGCCAACCAGGACUCAAAGCAGCUGGAACCAGCGAUGAGGGGCCUGUCAGGAUUCCUUCUGUGCUCGUUGCUGCUGCUGGCCCCCCACUCCAAAGGGGUGGCUGCCCAGGACACGCAGCCUGACCCCAAAAUGCCAUGUGCCAACUGGAUGGGAGGAGCACCUGGCUACCCUGGCCACAACGGUGUCCCUGGCCGGGAUGGGAAAGACGGAAGAGAUGGGCUCAAGGGAGAUAAAGGAGAUGAAGGUCCGGCAGGUCCCAAAGGUGAACCGGGCCCAGUAGGAAGCCGAGGCUUUCCCGGCCCCCCCGGAUCUCCUGGAAGUCCUGGAAUCCCAGGGCAGAAGGGCAAAGAUGCUUUUGUGCACCGCUCUGCCUUCAGCGUGGGGCUGACGGAGCGAAGCCCUGCCCCCAACGUCCCCAUCCGCUUCAGCAAGAUCUUCUACAACGAGCAGGGCCACUACGACCCCAGCACGGGCAAGUUCCUCUGCAAUGUGCCCGGCACCUACUUCUUCAGCUAUCACCUCACGGUGUACCUGUCAGAUGUCAAGGUCAGCCUCUACAGGAAGGACAAGGCCGUGAUCUUCACCUACGACCAGUUCCAGAACAACAACGUGGACCAAGCCAGCGGCUCCGUCCUGCUGCACCUCAGCUCCGGGGACGAGGUCUGGCUUCAGGUGUAUGGGAACGGGGACAAAAAUGGGGUCUAUGCUGACAACCUCAAUGAUUCCACCUUCAUGGGCUUCCUCCUGUACCCUGACCCAGAUAACUACUAAAGUAGGGCAUGCUGUGUGGAAAAGGAGGAGGUAGCUUAACCCUGGACAUGUCCUGGGGCACUGGCACUAUAGCUGUAAUGUAUUUACCAGAAAAUCGCCUUUUGCAAGGGCAGUGACUGCCAAGGGGGAACCCUUUCUCCUGUGAAAUCACUGAGGUCACACCAGUACUUCCAUGGAACCAAGAGUUCACUCCUACCUCUGCUCUUGCUUUCCUGUGGAAACUUCAGCCCAAAGUCAGAUACCACUCUUGCCAUGUUGUGAAAAACUCUCGAUAUGGCUUAAUGUUCCUUUAAAUUUAAAAGUGAGAAGAGAAAAAUUGGUUGUAUUUAAAUAUGACAUUCUAAAUUUCCCUUUUUAGCCACUUAAAUCCAUUUAAACCAAUUGUAGAAAUUUUACACAGCAUUUUAAAGUUUGAGUAGAAGAAGGAAAAUACAAAAGUAGAGUGCUCUUGUUUUCAGCUGGAGCAGGUGGCUCAAUUUUUUGUAACUCCCACUUAUUAAGACCUUUGACUUCCACUCCUGGUUUGUUGUCUCCCUUUUUUUAGCCCAGAUCUUUGAAUAUAUUCAGGUUAUUAACGUCCACUGAUUUUAAUCCUUUGGUUUUCUUUUUAUGUUUAUCCCCUUUUGUUAUCUCUAAUGCAAGUUUAGGGCAGGGAUCUUCUCUUGGGAUUUAUCUGAGAAACCUUGUGAGCACUGGUGAGGCCACAAAACAAAAGCAGCCCGUUGACUCUGUGGUUUUGGGGGUCCCAAGAUGACCACGAAGAUCCUGUCCCAUCUCCCCUGUAAACGGCUUCCAGGUGCAGCCAGAGGUUGAGAUCUAUUGUCCUUUUCCAGGCCCUAAGUGUGCCAUAAGCCAUGGUUUGCCCACCAGCUGGGCAGAGCUUUGGGUGGUGUUGAAGCCUCCCGUGUGGAGUGGGCUCCGGGGAUGAACACCCCCAUCCCUGCCCCAGCUUUGGGCAAUUACCUGCAUGCAGAAGAGUGUUAAGGCUGCAAUUAGUGUCAAUCCCAUCAAACUGCUCUCCAAGGAGCUUUCCUGACUUUUAGCUAAAAGAGGAUUUGAUGGUUUCUCAGAUAUAUUCAAAGAAGACUCCUGCUACUAAGCUUCCAAGCAAGCUAACACAGAUCAGAGCUAAUGCAGUAUUACAAGCACAAAACAGCAUUAAGAGCUUCAACUGAAAUUACUUGCAACAUCAUUUUCCACACUCCAGUGAAUUACCACACUGCAAAUAAAAAACAAAUAAAAAGCUCUCUCAAUGAGAA